AUGACCUAUGGCUCCUUGCCUGAAAAUAUGAACUCUGCUGGGGAGUCGUUUGAAACCUUUACGCUGGUUCGUAAAGCUAAGAAUAAUAUUAAAGGAUGGUACUUUUACUCUGUUGCUAGUGAGCCAUUUGCCGUCUCAGCUGUGGCUACAUAUAUUCCACUCUUACUGGAACAAUUUGCGAGGAUAAAUGGUGUGUCAGUUGAUGAUCAUUCGAUCAAAUGCACUUCUAAACAUGAUAAAUGUGUGCUGGGCCUGUUUAACAACUCCGUUUACAUCGAUACAUCCAGUUUCGCCUUAUACACAUUUUCAAUCAGUGUUUUAUUUCAGACGUUGUUGGUUAUAACGGUAUCUGGCUUAGUAGACGUCUGGAAGACUGUUGAAUUUAAGCGUAGAGUACUGAUCUUUUUUGGAGUUAUUGGAUCUUUAUCCUUAAUCUUAAUUUCCCAAUUAGAAGUCGAUCAGUUCUAUGCACUUCCGUUUUUGUGCAUUGUCGCUAACUCUAGUUAUGGGGUUGUCAAUGUCGUUGGUAAUUCGCUGCUUCCCGUUUUCGUCUCUGACCUUAUUAGAGUUGAUCCAGUUCAAGCACAUAUUGACGUUGAUACCUUAACGAGUUCUGUAAGCGGGGCAGGAGCAAGUUCGGGUUAUUUUAGUGCUCUUGUAGUCCAAAUCAUUUCUAUUGGGCUUGUCAAAAAGAGUAAAUCGCAUGAUAACAUCCAGUGGGCGACAUUAUUCGUGGGAAUUUGGUGGAUUGUUUGGCAAUCUCCGAUAGCGUGGCUGCUACAAGACAUAGGUCCAACUACUACCGGACAGGUUUUGAGACCUGUAAGAGGAGAAGAAUCUGCGUUCAAAUUACAAUAUUUGAAGUAUGGUUGGUAUUCGUUGUUCAAGGCAUUGAAGCAUGCGAGACUACUGAGAGAUGUUGUGAUCUUUCUAGUAUCUUGGUUCAUCAUCAGUGACUCUUUAACUACCAUUAACUCAACUGCAAUUUUGUUUUCAAAAACAGAAUUGAAAAUGAGCACCUUGAGUUUGAUCAUAAUUAGUAUAUUGACCAUGCUCAACGCUAUUUUGGGGGCUUACUUUAUUCCACAUUAUGUCUCACCAAAACUCAAAUGGUCGGCACAAUAUACUUUGAUUUAUAUCAUCUGUUGGGCAAGUGUCAUUCCGCUAUAUGGUAUGCUAGGCUUUUAUUUCGAGAAUAUCGGUCUGAAGCACCAAUUUGAAAUGUAUAUUAUGGCUGUGUGGUAUGGUAUUUCACUUGGGGGUUUAUCAGCAGUUUCACGUUCAGUCUUCAGUCAGAUCAUUCCUAAAGGGAGAGAGUCUACUUUUUUCAGUCUCUUUAGCAUUACAGACAAAGGUUCAUCUAUUGUUGGUCCCGUUUUGGUUGGAUUUCUCACUGAUAAAACACACAAUAUCAGAUACUCGUUUUACCUUUUAUUCGCGCUUCUAAUGUUUUCCUUACCAGUACUGAGCAUGCUAGACCUUGCUCGAGGUAAGCGUGAAGCUGAAGAGCUGGGUCGCAUUGAGUCUUUGAAUGGAGAAGAAACUCUUUAG